UGAGCUGCAUGAGGCGCGCGAGCGCGAAUAAGGAAGCAAUUUUUUGGUGUCAUUAUUAUAGCAUUCCAGCUGUCGUGUUAUUUCUAACAUCGGCGUAAUUUUUACUUUAUUGGCCAUACGACACAGAGUAUAUAGCACCAAAGUAGUUUUAUAUUUGAUACUUACCCCUGGUUUAACAAUGGCAGAGAAACCAGCAAUGUUGUGUAAUAAUGCAGCAUUUGACAGUUUAAAAUCAUCAGAUUUUGCUGAAGAUGAUCAGGCAUUUGUGAACACCAUUCUUAAUGGUAGUUUUGCUAUAAGUCCAGAUAUUAUACAGUCACUAAGGAAGAUUUUGGAGAAGACUACUCUAGCUUCAAAUUCUGUUGUUGGUGUGAAAGGUGUUACUUGUGUUAUGAACUGUCUGCUCCACAUUUGUGAAGAGGAUAAUCGCUGUAAUUGGGAAGAUCUGCAUUUUGAGUUUGUGAAGUUGCUGAGACUUUGUUUAAAUUUUAUUGCUGCUGUAACCAGCAGUAGUGAUAUAUAUCAGCCUUUGUCCUCCAACAUUAUGAAUUUGAUAAGUAUUUCCUCUGAGAAGCACACUCUUGUGAAGAACUCAAUAGUGAAGGUACUCUCACGGCCUGUAAUAGGUCUUGUACUAAGCAAGAAUAUUUCUGUACUUGAACGCAGAAAUGUUACAAAAUCAUUUAAUCACAUACUCUCUCAGUCAAGCCGAUUCAUAAGGGAAGAGACUGUGGAAGUUAUUCAUGGUCAGCUUUCCAGGUUGCCAGAUGUCCUUCUGACUUGUGGGGAUUAUGAGUUCCAGACUGCAAUAUUGGAACUGAUUUUCCGUUUCAUUUCCAUUAAGGCCAACAGAGAGCCUUUGCGCAGUUGGUUUAAGGGAUACACAGAGAUUCAAAAUGUUUUUGUCAGUACUUCAUUUAAGGAUUUUGACCCAGAAUGUCGAACAUUCUUGAAUUUUGUCAACUCAUCACUGGGCAGCAAACAGCUUGUAUAUACAUUUGCUUGUGCAAGAGCAUUUCUUGGAGAUACAGAAGUCUUCAGACCAAAGGAUAUGAACUACAAAGAAUUCUGGGUUGACUUCAACAUGGGCAGCAAAUGUGUCAGUAUUUUGUGUGACAAUUGUUCCUUGGCAAGUGGCACAGAAGGAAAUGUCUGGGAGGUCGUUAGCAUCCCAUGCACUUCUGUCAAGAGGGCCAUCGUGGACAGAGAAGUUGGUGGCAUUGCAUCAAAAAUAUCACUUAUUCUGGAAAUGGGAGAAUUACGUGAAAGUGACGUGAAAGAAUACCUUGUAUCUGCAAAACAAAUUAAAAUAAUAUUUGAGCAGUGUUCAGGCCUGACCUGUUUGAUGGAUAAGGUCUUGCCAAUGCUGUUUGGUGAAGUUUUUCAGGAUAUGAAUGCUGUUGGGAAGGACCAAGUUCCACGUUCCUCAAAUCUUAAGUUGCCUGGACGAACACAUCACUCUUCAUUCCAAAGGACAUUAAAAAUGAGCACUAGUGGGGUGGCUGCUGUAAGUGUCAACAACAGCACCACACUUGACCAUAUGAGCAAGUACAAGCCUCUUCAGAUCACAAAAAGCCCCAGGAAUUGUAGAAGUAGUUUAGGCCAAGGAACAGCUGCAGGUAGGACUGACGUUAUAGUCAUUCAGAAGGCAGAGAAUGCAGUUCCGUAUGAACCCCUGAAAGCUGAUGAGCAUCUUGUAUUGGAGAGCCCUGAUAUUGAGACACCUGAUCCCAGCAAGGGCUUGAGGGAAAUACUGGCAGAGCACCAUAUUGAGAGGUACAAGAAAAAUCCACCUUCUCUCAUAAUUAGUCCUCAGCUCAGCCAUAUCAGUGAAGAAAAGUUAUCACAGAUAUCUACUGGUGUACAUGCAAGUCCACAGUAUGAAAUAUCCACCAAUAGUGGAUCCCCAGCUUUUCCUCCCAUUUCUAAAGUUGAUGCAAAUUUUCUGAAUAGUCAGGAUGAUAAUUUGAAACAGCACAGUGAAGAAAGCGACUUGGUUAAAAAAGGAAAUGACAGGUACUCAGAAUCUGUUCCUUCAGUUUCCUAUUGCAGUAGAGGAGGAGAAGGGAACUGUGAGUCUGUAGGCCAGAGAAUGGACCGCAUUGCUUCACACAGUGCAAGCAUGACACCCACCAUUCAUAUUUCAAGAAUAGAUAGGAUAGAAAAUAAAAUUGUGAAACAUAAGCUCUUAGGCUAUGGAGUGAAGUCAGCCAAGUUUUCCUGUAUUAAAGUAGGUUUUGGAUUAUUUUCGUCUGAACAACAAAAGGUGGAUGUGAAUAUGAAAAACAGCAUUUCCAACACAAUAGAACAAUGUGAAAUAAAGAAGACAUCUUUUAAUGAAGAAACAAAAAGUGUGGAUCAUAAACCAGGCAGGAUCAUGUCAAGUUUGAAAGAAAAUAUCAGACCCAAAGUAAUGGAACAAAAUAUUGCUAGGAAAGAUAUUGGAAAGGAAAGGUUUCAUAAAACAAAGGAAUGUAACAAAGGCUCCAGCUUAAUUGUAGACUCUGCAAAUAGUACAUACAAAUUCAAGCCAAGUUCCAUUAUUGGAAAAUCUGAUGGAGCAGAAUUAUCAGAAAAUAUUUCCAUGAUAAAUUCUGACUCCAAGAAGGGUACAGUAGUCUCCAAAACAUCACUUCAGAGAGCAAGAAAAUUAUUACAGAAACCUCAAGCACUGAAUGGGGACAGCUCAGAAAACAGUGCAAAGUUUAAAAAAGUUGAGAAGGUAACAAAUACUGAAGUAAUUUUGUGUGAGAAAUCAAAAGAAUUAUUACACAAACCUGAAGAACUUGCUGAAGUGUCAGUCUCAGCUAGUUUACAAAGCAAUUCAGAGGUUCAGAAGGAUAAAAAUAAAAGAAUGACUGCGAGAUCAGUUCUGGAGAGCUGUUCAGUAUCCAGAGAAAUGAAGAAUAUGGGAAUUACAAAGGUACUCUUGUUACAUAGGACCAAGGAUGUUUCUGAUAAAUCACCAAAACAGACUACACUUUCAGAUAAUGGAAAUACAACUGACAAGUCAGAGACAUUCCUGUAUAAGUAUGAAGAGAAGGAUGAAUGCCAGGCUACAGAGAAUGCUGUACAAAAUGAUUCUGAUAUUGAAAAUAUUAAACAUACGGCAAAAUCCAAUGCAACAUUUAAAGGAAAAUCCCAAAAGUUGUGUAAUAAACGUAUUAAACCAUCAGCCUCAGACACUAUUUCAGUCAGGACCUUAGAAUUUCAAAAGGCUGCUACAGGAAAUACAUCCACUGAGAAAGCAAAAAACUUAUUGCACAAACCUCUUGAAGAGACUGAAAUUUCAACAUUAAAACUUGAUGCACCCAACCCGUCCAGUUAUUGUGAAGUUACACGGGCCACCAGCUCUAGGAUGACAGGAGGCGCAACUAAAGAGCUGUGUAAUAAUGAACAGGGGGAAGUUCCAGUCUCAGAAGAUUGUGUUGAAAAUAACACAACAGCAAAUUGUGGAAACAUUACUAAAGUUCAUUUGAGACUGCGUAACAAACAGCAGGAAGAGAUGGGGAACUGUGUUGUGAAUAACCGUGAUCCGUUAGUGAAAUCCAUAGCUAUAAGAGCAAGAAAGGUCACUAAGAAAUCUCAGGAACAAAUUUAUUUACUGGAAAGUAAUGUGCAACAUGAUUCAGAUUUUCUUGAAGAUAUGAAAAUAUCAAACACCAGAAACAAAGUUGAGGGAAAGAUGCAAUUAAAUUACAGGCAGCAGGAAGAACUAAGGGAUCAUGGUGUUAACUCUGAUUCAGUGCCACAACCAACAGUUAACAAAUUAGGACCAUAUAACCAACCUCAGGAAGAAUCUGAGGCAUUGAAAAAUAAUGUACAAAAUAAAUCCAAUAUUUCUGAACAUAAAAAGAAGGUAAAUUCCAGAAAGGGAAUGGAGAAGUCUUCAGGACUGCAUAAAAAACAAGAGAAGGUGUUGGGAAACUGUGCUAUGAUUGAUUCAGAUUCACUAAUAGAACCAACAGCUAACAAUUCAAAAAGAAAAUGUAAAUCACUGAAAAAGAAAGUACUAAACAAAUUACACUUUACUGAAGCUAAGAAGAAGACCAGUUCAAAACAGACAACCAGGAGAUCUGAAAGACUGAAUACCAAACAAAAGGUGGAAGUGACAAAUUUUUCUGUGGAUAUCUCUGAUUCAUUGGCGAAACCAACAGCAUGCAGGCCCAUAGAACUAGGUCAGAAACCACUAGAAGAAGGUGAAGCAUCAAAUUCUGCAGAUAAUUUGCAUGGACAAUGCAUUCCUUCUACAAUAUUAAGCUGGAGUCCCAAAAAACUUAUCCAUGAAGGUGAAGAAAAGAUUCGAUCUUUCAAUUCUGAAAUGUCGGACGUACUUCAAAAUAAACAACAGAUUUUCAUCAACACUUCUGUGGUUAACAGACAAAAUUCAUGUCAUAUGUCAGGUGGAAGUAUUGUAGAUCUCAUGUUGAAAAACAAUCUAUCCAAUAAACAGGUGGCUUCUACUAAUGAGGCAUUGAAUGACGGAUUUAAAGAAACGGAUAAUAUGGCAGUUGGUGAAGGGAAGAGUUCUGAGCUACAUCAACGCCACCAGAUGGAUGUUACUGCAAAUGCAACUACCAACAAACUGAGACAGGUUCUGCAGAAACCUCAGAUGGUUAUGUGUCCUGGAAUAGUCAACGAAGGUAGGAUGGUUGGUAAUCAAGAUAGUUCAGGGUUCAGUGCAGUGAUUAAUGAUGGGAAAUCUCAUGACGUUGAAGAGACAUUAGGAAGGGUCCAUUCUAAAAUUCAUACUUCUUCAGACAAUUACCCAGAAGAGCAACAUGAUCAUAUGAUAAAUGGUAAAAGUGCUGAUGUUCCUAAUAUUUUAGGAAAUGACAUUCUGUCUUCUCACAGUGCACAAGAGCAUAGUGAUUCUAAUGGCAGGAAGUUAGGAUCCCCUUCUGACAUUUCUUGUGGCCCAAAGAAACAAAAAUAUAUAACUACCUCUUCAAAAGAUGAUUGUUCCAUAAACAGUAAUUCCAUAUCUAGCAAAAUGUCUGGUAAGAUAUCAAGAUCUGUUUCAAAAACGGACUCAAAGAAGAAUACCAGUAAGGGUAUUCAAGAGCACUCUGUUAUCAGGAAGCCAAAUCAUUCCAGCCUUGACCUCUCCAAGCUUCAGCAAUUAAUUAGUGAAUGGGACAGUGACACAGAGGGAGUCAGAAGUGAUGAAUGCUUACAGGAUGAGCAGCCACCUUGUAAGAAUGUGAUGCCCCAUGAUGUGGAUAUGAUUACAAAUCCACCAGCAGUUAUCCUACAGCAGCAUCUUAAAGAGAAGGACAUUAAUAAGGCUGAUGAUAAGCAUGAAAAGUUACUGUUGGGUGAAGCUUCAAAUACUAAUGGAAAGAAUCCAGAUUUAACAGUGAAUGAGGAAUUAAACAAACAUUCUAAGUCACCAUUAAUAUCACAUACAAUCUCAGUAAAGCUCCAAAAUGUAGUCGAAAAUACAUCUGAAUCCAGAAAUGAGGAAUUGAUAUUGAGUGAGAAUUCAAAAGCCAAAGGUGCCUUAAAUUCAAGUAGUACUCAGAAAGUACAUGCACGAAAGGCUGUAAAAUCAUCUUAUCAGUUAGAACAUGUGUGUUCAAGCCCAAAAAAAGAUAAUUUGAAACAAAUGCAAGGGCUACCAAUUACCAAGAUUGUUCCUUCACCAGAAGCACUUACUCAGCUAUCCAAGACCCAAGAAACAAGCAAUGAUAGCAUUAAAACACCAUCUCGAAAAAGGAGACUGUAUUCUGUAGAUGAGAGUCAUGAAUUAAUAGAACCGAAAGAUUGUGAUGACCACUCUGGCAUAUCCACUCCUCGCAUUCCAUGCCCUUCCAGAGGGGCAAAGAGAAGAUUAAUGUUAGGCAGAAAAAGUAAUGUAAAUGGAACAGUGACUAAGAAACUUCAAGAUGGAAAGGGAGAAAGAAAGAAGGAAGAACCUUUUUCAGCAUGCAGUGAAAGGGAUCAAUUUUGUGUUACUGUUUCAAGUUUUGGAGGACUGUCACAGAGAGCAGAGUUGCAUGUAUCAAAAUCAACUCAGGAUUCAAUGAAGAAUUUCAGUGGUAGGUGGCGUAACAGGUAUUUGGAGGAAGUAAUGAAGCAUAAAGGUGAAAAGAAAUGCAGAGAAAUAGUGGAACGUCCGGUGUACAGUUCAGUGUACUCUGACUUUGAGACAGACAGUGACAGUGUUGUUAGCUGGAUGGAACCUACAAAACAAAAGGCAUCAAAAAUUGUUCAGAAGCCUAAAAUAACUUAUGAGAAAAAGGGAAGAAAAAUGUUCCCAAAUAAAAAGAAAAGGAAACAACUAAUAGUGUCUGAUGUUGAGAAAGAAAAUGAUAGUGUUUUUAGCCAGUUAGAACGCAGAAAACAGAAAGUAUCCAAAACUGUUAAAGAUCCAAAAAUAAGUAAUGAAAAUAAGAACAGAAUGAUUUGCUCAAAUAGACAGAAAAAGGGAUUGGUCUUGUGUCCCAAACAAUGCAAGAGCCAGUCGUCAUUUCCUACAGCUGAGAAGAGCAUUAUCAGACCUAAAACUAGAAAGAAUAAAUUCUGUAAACCAGCUGCUGAGAAUCAUAUUUCGCCUAGGAAGAAAUCUUGUUUCAAUCACAGUGUUAGAACAUUUGCAACGCAUGCAGUAGAAAAUCGGCACUCACAUUUUGACUUGUUUCGUAGUAAGGAAAAUGAAGGAAUGGAAGAAACAGUUCCUGUAGAAAUUAACAUUCUUCCAUGUCUUCAGGCUACAGGUACAUUUGACACUAGGCAUUUGUCCUCCUCAAAUACAGAAGCAGAACAUGCUGCUGGAAAUAAAAUUGUUGCUAUAAAAGAUAAUGAACUAUUAAGUGAUUAUGGAGUAAAAAAGAGGAAUGUGAGAAUUACUGGUAAAAGCACAGUUAUUGAUGUGCCACCGCCAAAAAGGCAGGUGACUGACAAAACGGAAGAAAUACUUCUUCAGGAUGUCUUCAAUUUAGGUUCAGCAUCCAGUGGCAUGGCUGCUAGCAAUUCUAAAAUUCCAGCUUCUGAAGGCUUGUCUUCCUUAACAUGUGGAAAGAAACUCGUUUAUCAAGAUCAAGGCUGUAGUUCUGAAGAGAAGGAUGAGGUUGCUGAUGACACAGGUAACAGGAAAAUACAAACAGGUGUGACCAGUAAAGAAUCUAUGAAAUAUGUCUACAAACCAUUACUUGGAGUGCACAGAAGAGAGACAGAUGAUACUAAGAACAUGUACAUGGAAAGAACUUCUGCCCACUCAUCAGAUAAAGUUAUGGAAAUGCACAGUGAUUGUAAUGGAACAAGAUGUAAUCAAAAUGUUGCAUCUAGUUUCCAUUCUUCAUCUAAUGUACACACAAAUUUUACUGCAGAGGAGAAUAACAAUGUUGCAGUUCCAUUGCAAGCUGCAAAGGACAUCUGUCAGAGGUCUCCUCAGAACAACACAGGCUACUGCUCUGAUCGUUCUCUUCUAGCUUCUGAAGAUGAUUUUUGGGACUUUUUAAAAGAAUUUUCAGAGAGUUCAGAGGAAGAGACAAAUAUGUAUGAUAAUCUGGAUUGUAACAGUAUGGAUGUGAUGAAACAUAUGUUAGAAGAUCAGAAAAGAGGCAGGAAGGCAGUACAUGGGAAUAAAACAGACAAACUUGUCACUAAUGCCUCACUCCUACUUGAAGGCACUGGAAACUGUGGUGUAAAAGAACAUGAAGAAGAAGAAGGUGGGAUGUUAAAUGGUCUGUGUUCUGUUAUUGAACCAGAACAAUCUUGUAUUUCAAGUCUUCCUUCAUUAGCUCUGCAACAUGCGAAUAGCUUGAACUAUAGUUCCUCACUUUCACCAUCUGGUGCAGUCAGUAGUUUAUCGCUUUCAGUGGGAGAUAGGCAGUCUCUUCGCCCUCAGACUGGUUCAUCAUAUUAUGAGAGAGGCGAGAAACAUCUCAGCAAAACUAAGGAUUUAUCAGUUUCCAAGAAAGAUAAACCUCCUAAUAGCUCAAACACUGGAUCACCAUAUUCUGGGAGAAGUCAGAAAUCUCAAGGUCAAAUUACUGAAUCUCCUUCUUCUGAGGAAAAUGAGCAGUAUGUUAAUUCUCCAGAUUCUGAGAGAGGUCAUAAACUUCCAGGUCAAAUUAAUUUGUCACUUUCCAAGAAAAGUGAGCAACUUAUGAGCUCAGCCAUAGGUUUAUCAUAUCCUAAGAGAGUUUGGAAACCUGUCAGUCCAUGUGCAAGAGACAUUGUUCCCCUCAGUCGUGUUUGCAUUGCUUCACUUCCCACAGAAGCUGAAGCCAGUAAUAAUUCAGACUCUGGUCUGUCACAGUCUAAGAAAAUGGUGCAAUCUCUCAGAGCAGAUAGUACUUCCAGAGAACUCUCACGGCAAGGCGCUAGCCAUUCACCACAGAAAAGUAUGCUAUUCAGUCUUGAAUCUGCAGCUGAAGAUUCAGAUAAAAAGUGUGUGCAGAGUACUAGAGGAGUACUUACGCAUAAUAAGAAAAGUAGAUAUUCUAAUAAGAAAAAAAUGGAAUGUACCAUUGUAGCCAAAGAAAGAAAAAAGAGGAAACAAAAUACCAGCAUGGAUCUGACUUUUGAUGGCAGGACCAUGGCAAUGAGAGGAUUGACUGAAGCCAAUGAUGUAGGAUUAGCAUUAGCAGCUGGUGGUGUCAUUCAAGUGACAGAAAACAGUGCCAACUUUGUGUUUACAGAUACCACACCAUGGACGGUAAUGAACCCAGAAACAAUACACAGAGAACACUUUAUGACAGAUUUCAUACAAAAUUCAGCUGAUAUGAUUGAAGGCAGUGUAAAGCAGACCUAUUUGAAAGGUAGUGAGAUGAGAAAGCUGCUUGUCGCUGAUUACAUUCAGAAAUGCGAGUCAGAAAUGGAGAAAAUCAAGAGCAACAUUGAGCAUCUCAAUGAGCAGGAAGCACGUUGGCAGAAAUUGGAAAACUACAUUAGACGUUCAUUCCAACUGCAGCACAACUGCUUGGAUGAAAUGGCAGAAUGCAAAACCUGCCUUAGCAACUCUCACCAUUAUUUCAAUAAGCAAUGGCAGAAACUGGAGAGAGAUCAGCGGUCUUUGCCUUUAGUGGAGACAGACCUGAAGCAACAGCUGCAUGAAUUGAUGGUAAAGAAACUGGAGGAAGAGAACAAGAAUGAUGUUAUUAAACUCAGAGUCAGAUUACAAGCUAUUCUUGGUUUCAUGUAAGAUGUAUGUUAAAAAUCACACUUUCUUUUACAGUUGGAAGUUCUCCACAAAAUAUCUAGACUCCUUUAAUAUUAAUUUCUUUCUAGACAUGCCAUAGUGAGACACAUACAAAAGUUGAGUUUUAAAAAUUAAACAUAUCCCUGUUUUUCUGGGAUAUUCACUUAAUGUCAAACUGGUGAGGAGAUUGUAAUGCACAACUAGCAUAUUUAUUUUCACUCACCAGUGAGGGGGUUAAAAUUGUUCCUAUAAGGAAAUAUUCCUGUACUUCUUUGUUAUUAAGUAAAAUGUCAUAGAUUCACAAACAUACUAUGUUACUUCUUUAUGUUGUUAGCCUCACUAAAAUGGGUAGAGGAUGGCAUUUAUUGCUGUCUAUCAUAGAUUUGUAGAAUACUGAUUGUAGAUUUUUACAUGCAAGUGUCAGAUUGUAGCAGUGAAAUUCACUGGACUAUAGCACACUUUAUUAUGGGUCAGAAUUUGGUACCCUGGUGAAAGGAAACUUCACCUGUCUUUGAUGAUGUCACUACUUUAAGUCUUAACAUUUUUUCCAGUUUCUUCUGUUCUUAACACUUAUUUUGUAUUUUCAUGUCAGGAUUGGGAUAAUAUUAUAAAUUGUUUCAAGAAAUAGAAUUUACAUGAGUACAAAUUAAUGCCUAACUCAUAUGUCCCUGGUGUACAUUUGUAGUCCAUCUUUACGUUGUUUUGUCGUUACUGUUCACAUCUUAUUUGCUUAUAAUAGAACCAUGUUUUGAAUGUUAUCCUCAGAAUACUGUUUUCCUGAACAGUCUUUCACAUCUUAUUCCUCUGUCUGUUGCUCUCAAUAUAGAAUGGUCAGACAUGUGCUUUUGUUCAAAUAAAAAAUAUAUAUCCAGUCUCUUUCAAACAAGAACA